UUGUUCUAAAAAUAAUCUCAUAUUAGGGUUUUCAACAUUUUCAAAGCAGCAACAACAACAACAACUUCCCAUUUUGGCAUAUCAGGAUAUUUAGGGUUUACACAAGACCCAAGAAGUAAUAUGGGACGUGUUAAGCUGGAGAUUAAGAGAAUAGAAAACAACACCAAUCGUCAGGUUACCUUCUCCAAGCGUAGGAAUGGGUUGAUUAAGAAAGCUUAUGAACUUUCCAUCCUAUGUGACAUUGAUAUUGCUCUUAUCAUGUUCUCUCCUUCCGGUCGGAUUAGCCAUUUUUCUGGCAGGAGAAGGAUCGAGGAUGUCUUUAUGCGUUACAUUAAUCUCCCUGAUCGAGAAAGAGAGCAUGCUCUAAUUUUCCCUGAACAAAUCAGACAUCCUGAUAUCCAAAACAAAGAGUAUAUGCUAAGGAUUCUCCAGCAGCUAAGAAGUGAAAAUGAUAUUGCUCUUCAACUUGCCAAUCCAACAUCUUUUAACUCUGAUUUUAAGGAAAUCCAACAGGAAAUUGUAAGGUUACAACAACAACUUCAAAUGGCGGAGGAUCAGUUAAGGGCAUAUGAACCUGAUCCUUUUAGGUUCACAUCCAUGGCGGAACUAGAAUCCUGUGAGAAACAUCUUGUCGAAACAUUAGCAAAUGUUGUGCAAAGAAAGGAAUAUAUAUUGAGCAACCAUUUAUCCUCUUAUGAUCCAUCUCCUAUACAGCAAGGAUUGCCUCCAUCUUUCGAGAAUGAGGUUGUCAAUUGGCUGCCUGAUAAUGGUCAAAACCAAUCCCAAAUCUUUGAUGCGUCAGCAUCUCUAAAUCCUCUCAGGGAUCUUUCAUCCACGGUCUACGAUCCAUUGUUGCAAGGAAGCAUGUCAAAUGUGGAUCCUCACAACAUAGGAGAUCAAUGCCACGUCUCAAAUCCGAAUACUGAAAAUUUCGCACCAUGGCCUCAGUCAUUUGCUUCAACUGGGCUUCAGUCUAACUCCAUGCCACCAACCUUGUAUUCCCACGUUCAGCAUGGAAUGGUGGAUCAUCAGGAAAUGGCAGAAAUGGUACCGAAUGAUCAGCAAAUGGAAAUUCCUGGGAACUAUAAUUCACAUGGUCAGAUGGCAGACAAUGAAGGUUCAAACUAUGAGAACAGAGUUCAUGAACACAAUGGGCAAUGACGUUGCAAGAUUAUUCAAAAACAACUUCAACUUCACCUUCACCUUCAAUUGCUGUUGUAAUAUUCAAAAACCUAGGCCAUGCUUCCUUGGGAUAGAAGCACCCUAGUAUAAUUGUACCAUGCCACACACCAUUUUUUUUUCUAAUCUAUUUUGCAAUACAUUUUCUAGAUAUAUAAUUGAAAAAAAAAAAAGAA